AUGACGCUGAAAACAAAACUCACAGUAGAUUGUGCCUUAGAUGAGUUUAGAUGUGAGAAGACAGGUAAGUGUAUCAGCGGCUACCUCGCGUGCGACGGAGAACAAGACUGUGAAGACGGCAGUGACGAAGGCCGGUGUAACAAGCAAAGUCUAACAGCAAAGCAUCUCCGGCAGGAAUUGUGUGUCGCCGGAGACUUCGUGUGUGAUUCUAACGACGAGUGUUACAGUGCGUGGUGGCGAUGUGAUGGUGAUUACGAUUGUGAUGAUAAGAGUGAUGAAGCAAACUGCGAGAAGUUUACCUGCGGCGAAAAUGAAUUCAAGUGCGCCUCGUCAGCCAAGUGUGUGUCCUCCUCCGCUCGCUGUGACGGGCACGAUGACUGCGGUAACGGAAGCGACGAGAAAAAUUGUGAAGCGUAUGACUGUGGUGCACAUAGGUUCAAGUGCGUGUCUACAAGUAAGUGUAUAAGUGCUCUGUUACGGUGUGACGGUUACGAGCACUGUUACGACGCCACUGAUGAGAAGAACUGUGAUAAGUUUGAGUGUCCUCUGGGAGAGCUUAAGUGUGAGACGGUCAAUCAGUGUUACGAUGCCAGCUGGAAGUGUGACGGAGACAAAGACUGCGAGGAUGGCAGUGACGAAGCAGGCUGUCAAGUGUGA